GCUCUUUGUCAUUCUCAAAGCUAGCUAGCUCUCUCGCUCUCACCUACCCCAUUCUCCUAUUCCAUCCCUAAAUUAGUUGAACGCACGAGAUUGAAAUCACUCCACACGUUAUCGAGUCUGUCAUCUUCACCUACUUUGCGCCCAAAAAUCUCGUUUCCUUGUCCUGUCAAUCGGACCCUUGUAGCGACCAGGCUCCGAACGUCACUAUCGACUAUCUCACGACCGAUAUCAAUCCACACCUCGACGCCUUCUAGUAGAACAUCCCUCAAGACAACAAUCUCGAUCAGCAGUUCGACGCCUCGUGGCGCACCCCGUCCUCUCCCUCCCUGUACUGUACAUACCAGAGAUCUCAUCACUCUGAUCGUCGAAGGCCACCGAGAUGGCUUCAGAGGAGACGGCUGUCGAGGGCGACCCUCAAGUCAGCUUCAAUGUCAAGAGUACUGAUGGCAAAUACACGAUUACCAUCAGUGAGGCAUCCACAGUACUCGAUAUCAAGAACCAACUCUCUGCGGAAGACAAGGCAAAUGUGCCCGCUCACAAGAUGCGCUUGAUCUACUCGGGCAGAGUGAUGAAGGAUGAUCAGACUGUAAAGAGUUGCAACAUCAAGCCGGGCAACACAGUUCAUAUGGUCAAGAAUGCUGCGUCGAACGAAUCACAAAAGCCUCCUGGCGGAGCAUCUUCAUCAAGCGGCACUUCAAGUGCGGCGGCUGGUGUACCUACGAACAUGGCUGCUGGCACUGCAAAUAACCCUUUGGCUGGAUUGACUGGUGCUCGUUAUGCUGGACACCUUAACUUGCCCAACAUGGACAUGUUUGGCGUAGAUGGUGGGAUGGGUGCACCUCCCAACGAAGAGCAAGUCGCAGCCAUGCUGGAGGAUCCAAACGUGCAACAAACUAUGCACGAAGCUCUGCAGAACCCCGCAUUGGUUGAUAUGAUGAUCAACUCGAUCCCCGGCCUACGAGACAACCCCCAAGCAAGAGAGAUGAUCAACUCACCAGAAUUCAGGCGCAUGCUAAGCAACCCAGAAGCACUCCGACACGCUUCUGCGAUGAGAAGAAUGAUGGAAGGCGGUGGUGGAGCGAAUGCAUUCCCAGCACCAGGUGCGACAGACACAACACCGACCGGAGCUGCUGCGAGUAACCCGAACCCCAAUCAAGCAAACACAACUCCUUUCAAUCCUUUCGCCAUGGGUGGUCUCGGUCGCCAUGGUGCUAUUCCCGCACGUGGCGUUCCCUGGGCACAAUACUGGAAUAUGCCACCUGCGGCAGCAGGUCAAACUCCUGUACAAACCCCUCCUGCACCUGCUUCUGCUGGUCAAGCAACACCUCGCUCACCAACCGCCAACGACCCGAAUGCAGCAGCAAACCCUUUCGCUAGCCUUUUUGGCCAAGCAGGCGCUGGAGCCGCAGCUGGUGGUCAGAACGCAAAUCCUUUUGGAAUUCCAGGCAUGCCACCUAUGACUCCCGAAAUGAUGCAACAAGCUAUGCAGAUGAUCAACAGUGGUCAAAUGGGUAACAUAUUUGGCGGUGGAAGCCCUUUUGGAGGAGGUCCUGCUAGUCCGCCUGCACCUGUGGACAACAGACCACCCGAAGAACGAUACGCAGAUCAAUUGAGACAAUUGAAUGAUAUGGGUUUCUUUGAUUUUGACCGAAACGUGGAGGCACUGAGGCGAAGCGGCGGAAGUGUGCAGGGCGCAAUCGAGCAACUACUGAGAUGAGGUCGAGCGCGGAGAGCGAUUUUGGGAGUUUAUUCACGUCUUUGCAAGGAAAGUGCGUACGUAUGUAAUGA